GCGGCGACUGGCGGCACGGCCUGACGGGACCGGACGCCACCGCGCGGUGAGGCGGCAGCUCCGGUCCCGGUGUCGGUCCCGGUCAGCGCCUUCCGGUCAGCCCCGGUCCGCUCCCUGUGCGCUCUCCUGCUGCCACCUAGCGCGGCGGCGGCGAGGCCUGCGUGUCCCUCAGCAGCGCUGGGACCUCCGCCUUCCCCGUGGCCGGAGCUGCCGAUACCGCAGGAUCACAGCACCGCGGCCCGGGAGGUGACCUGACUGGAGAUCUGAAGACUCCUCAUCAUUCAGAAGUAGCAUGCCCACAGUCUUCUUGUCCAAUGAUUCUUCUACAGCAAGCAGGACUUCUUCCUCAUCCUGAGAAGCCUUCAUCUCUUCCUAUGUCAGUGGCUACAAGGCCAAGAGCCAGCUCACCACUGUCCCCACCAAAAUCUCUCGGACUGGGGCCUUCUUUUCAUCACACACAAGAAGAAGAGCUUGCAAAGGUGGUGGAGCAGGACCCUAUGCUGGAGGAACUAUGUAAGCCUCUGUGCUGUAAGCUUUGCAAUGUCACUCUGAAUUCAGCACAACAAGCCCAGGCUCAUUACCAGGGUAAAAACCACAGUAAGAAACUCCGGAAUUACUAUGCUGCCAAUAGCUGUCCGGCCCCUGCCAGGAUGAGUAAUGCGGUUGAGCCUGCCCCACCUCAGGUUGUCUCCCUUCCAGCUCAGAUGGGAUCCAGUAAACCAGGUGGUCGGGUGAUCUUGGCCACAGAGAAUGAUUACUGCAAGCUUUGUGAUGCCUCCUUCAGCUCUCCUGCUGUGGCACAGGCUCACUACCAAGGGAAAAACCAUGCCAAACGGCUGCGUCUUGCUGAAGCACAGAACAACUCGUUCUCGGACACAUCAGAACUAGGCAAACGGAGGGCAAGGAAAGAAGGGAAUGAAUACAAAAUGAUGCAGAACAGAAGAAAUAUGUAUACAGUUCAGAACAACACAGGUCCCUACUUCAAUCCUCGCUCGCGCCAGAGGAUUCCUCGGGAUCUGGCCAUGUGUGUCACCCCCAGUGGGCAGUUCUACUGCUCCAUGUGCAACGCCGGGGCCAGCGAGGAGAUGGAAUUCAGACAGCACUUGGAAAGCAAACAGCACAAAAGCAAAGUGUCGGAACAGCGCUAUAGGAACGAGAUGGAGAACCUGGGCUAUGUACAAUGACGCCCCACCCUCGGUAGUAGUUUGCAAAUAGAGCAGCUUGUCUCUUGCCUGCUGUUUGCCACAUGCCCUGCUUUGUGCUCCAUUUGAUAGGAGUAUGCUCUCGAGCUCUACAUGUAACACCUGCAAACUUAAUGGUAUGGUUAGAUUUUUUUUCUGUCAUAGUUGGCAGGAUGAUGCCGUGCGGGACAUGAAGUGUUUUUGAUGUUUGUUUGCUAAUUAUCCAAGGCUCUUCGUUGUAUUGAGUGGCGGGGAGGGAGGGCUGAAUGUCUUGCCCCCAGCCUUCUGCAUGAAUUAUGCAAAGCCCAAGAAGUGUUGGGAACUUCUGUGGUUCUACCACACGAGUGGACCAUGUGCAAAGCACACUCCCCUCUUCGCACACCACAGAGCAGUGCUCCAGAAUACCUCCCUACAGCAGACUGAAUCUCUGGGCAGCUUGUAAAGAAGGGGCAAGAAUGGGGCCCUUGAAUGUGUGAAUUUGGUGGUCUACUUAUCCACAAAUCGCUGCUUUGGCCUCCACUAUGGCCAUGAGAGGGUCAUGCCUCUUACCCACAUCCUCCAUGAUGCAGAUUUUUCUGAAGAUCUGACAUUGGAUAUUGGCUGAUUAACCGCAUCCAGAAAUAGUCUCUUGUACCAGUUAACAAUGAAAAAAGAUUCUCGGUGUUGGCUGGGCACCUUAAUGAGUGUACUCAUGAGUGUGGCUCAUCUCAGUGGCUUAAUGAAGUGAAUCAAAAAGCAAACCUGCUCAGAUGAGAUGGGCUCUGCUCUGAUUCUGCCUUAGACUGGGUAGGGUUGAGAAUAUGUUGGAAGGAGCUGUCAGCUGUAAUUUUUGCAUACUGAUGUGGAAGAGAGCAAAUGUUGGUCUCUGACCUGCAGCUCUAUUGGUCUGGGAGAGCAGGGCUGCCUGGACCUUGAGGCACAGAUAUCUGAAUGUCUUGGUUCUAUUCCCAGGACAAAACCCAAUGAGUUAUAGAGGGAGAUGAAAUGCUCCUUUGGACUAGAUUAAUUUUCCCCUCCUCUUUCUUUUCCCAUCUCAGAAUGGGUUUUAAUGCCAUUCCUUGGUGUGAACUUCACUGUUUAGGGGCCAUCAAAAAUUAAGUAGGAUGUAAAUGUCAGGGGUGAUGAUUGUUUUAGUAACAGCUUUUUCACCAUGAAGAAGUAUUCAUGAAACUUGUUAAGCAACUUGGUAAAUGUAGACAAACCCAAAGGGUGUAUGCCUGGUUUCAUUUUCCUUAGCAAAAGCAGGAAGGAGCAGGGCUGACAAUUUUAUUUUUCUGCUCAUUUGGGUAGAUGCAAGGAGCUGUGACUGGAAUCCAGUUGACAGUGUUUCUGAACUGUUUGCUUCAGUGGCAAGUGCAGUGUGUAGGUAACAUUUUUUGAAACUGAUUCACCAUUUGAGCUGCUACAGCUGUGUGCUGGGAGAGCUUCUUUGGCUUCAGUGGCAGGUUCAGACAGGGAGUAAAGGCAGCAUCCUGCCUUGUCUGUCACUACUCUUUAGGCAGUAGGGUGAAUUAGAUGCAGCUCCAUUUGUUCCAGUAGCAUUUCACCAGGGUUAAAUCUUACCUGGUGCAUAAAGCUGAAGGUAGCUACUCCACCCUCUCUCUCUUUUUUUUUUUUUUUUCAUUCUGAUCCUGCUUCUUGCAUUCUAGAAGGAUUUUCUGCUUGCCUUAAAAAAUGAAUGAACUAACAAAGAAAUCCAGGUAGUUUUUCAUCAUCUUUCUAGUCCACCUGAAAAAGGUUUGUUGCACUUAGCUGCUCCUCAGAAGCCUGGUAUUAUCUAAAACUACCUGAGCAUCAGGUACCCAUGCAACCUUAAUGCAGCCUUCCUAAAUCUAGGCAAGGUGAGCUGUUGCACAGUAAUUGAAAGCAACCCACUAUUUACUCUGUCCUGAUCCUUGCCCUGCAGAGACAAGCAGAGCAAUGCACAUCCUCUCGAAUACAGUUCCCCACCCUCCUUUGUGCAAAGCCCAGUUAAACAGGGUUUGUGCACUGGAGCACUUUAGAAGGUAGGAGGAGAGGUGCCCAGGUUGCAGAGCAGUUUGGAAAGCCCAUAAGUCUGUUUCUUCUGUGCUUUCCUGCCCUUGGCUCACCCUGUGUGGCCUUGAAGAACAUUUCCCUUGCAAAAAUCUCAUCAGCCAUUUAUUUCCUCUCAUCUUUGGCAGUCAAAGAAGGGCUCUGGUUUUCUCUUACUGUUCUGUCUUUUGUUCUGCUGGUCUGACACCACUAUGCAGGCACAGAGGGAGCUGGAUGAGCCUCACCAUAGUGUGUUUCACCAGAGUGAUCCCUGCAUUAUGGUUAAACAUCCCUCUUGCUGUAAUGUAAAUUAAAGCAUGGCAUUUCCUGCAGGCUGCAAUUAGUAGCAGAAAACCAACACUUUUUAAAAGUAAGACCUGUGGAUACUGGUGUUAUCUAGCUUAAUGCUAGAACCAAAAAGGCAUUUUUGUCUGCUUUCACGUGUCCCAGAAAUCAGCUGUUUACCACUUUGCUUUGGUUGCUGCUCCUGUUUCCAGCCCAGCAAUCUGCUCCUCAUUUGGCAUUUCCAGUGGCUGCUGGAGGUGCCAAAGCUGGGUUUGUUACUCAUGUGCUGUUAUCUCUUGGUGAAAGCCAGUGCCAAGAUGCCACAGCACACCAGUGGCUCAUGUGUUCAGGAGAGAGUGUGAGGGAGGUGCAAGGGGCUGUUCCUGCAGGCUCCUUUCUGCAUGGGGCCAAGUCUGGUUUUGAAGAAUCCCUUGAGCCUGCCCUGAACAGAGAGGAACAUGUGAAUAUCAUCAUCCUCAGAGUUCCAAAGUGGUGGGUUAUAUAGCAGAUGUAAAGCAGUGGGUCUCAAGUGACAAGUAGAACUGGUUUCCUACAUGAGAAGGAAGAUGUUUCCUGCUGGGAGAAGCUGAGACUCAUUUUGCCCCAAUGCUCUGUUGUGGCCCUUCCCUGCAAUUGACCAAAGCUUGCUUCUCUCUUGCCAGCAUUGCUUAACCAUUUGUGAUUUUCCCACUCUCCCUCCCACAUAGAAAAUUAUUGACUGCAAAGAGAAAACAUGCUGCCUCCCUAAUGUUAGGGUUCAGGCCAAUCCAAACUCAUACUUGUCAACAUGAGAAAUUGGGUGGGUCCUGAUUUUAUUUUUUGGGUGAAAGCUGUUCUCCAAAUCACUAUUCAAAGCACUGAAAGCAUGUCCUGACCAAACCCUGUUUGACAUGGAUGGGCUGGAGGGAAUACUGUACAGGUGUAAUACCAUUUUCCAGACCCAUUGAAUCUGUUUCUCAUGUUAAAGUACCAAACCCAAGAAACAGGACUUUUUGUGAAGCUUUCACACUGGCCAGUAGUUUAAUGACCUUUGCUGCUAGAAUCAAAGUAUAAAUCAUGUAUUCAUAUUUAUUUUACUGUGCUGACCACUAAUUGAUUUCUUAAUAUUUAAGGCAUUAUUAUGUAGAUUGUUUUUGUUCAAAUAGAAAACUCAACAUCGCACUUUGCUUUUCAAUCAGAACAGGUAUUUAUUGUGCUUGUGAAAAUGUUUUCCCUCCAACAUGUGUGUUGUUUCAUUUCACUUGAUGCAAAAACAAACAAACAAACCAAGAAACAAACAAAAAAACCCUCAUCCCAAAAUAACAACAACAACAAAAAAACAACCUAAAAGUGGAUCUUGUUUCUUUUCAUGCCAAACAUAAAAAAAGCAUUUCCUUGCAGCUUGCUCCUGAACGUCCAUUUCUAAUUUGUUUUAAACUUUUUUUUCCUCCAGUGGUUUCUUUUGUAAAUAAGGAUGAUAUUUUUAGAGACACAUGAAGUGCAUUACUCCAUUUAAGCAUUUCUUUAAUAGCAAGGAAGUAAACUAUAUGGAAUUCUUGUAUUUGUGAGGAGUAUGAAAGUGAUACUAUUUUGUUUGUACUAAGCAUUAGUUGUUAUUUGGCAUUCUGCACUAAUGAGUAAAUGUGUUAUAAUCUUGCCUAACAUUGGUCUAUUUUUGACUUUUUGCUUUCUUCACAUACAUCAAAAGGAAACCUUAAAACCUCUGUGGAGUUGGUUAGGAUGGUCAUCAGCAUAGCAGAAUGCAGAUUUUUCUGCAGAGCUUUUUGUCUUUCUUCCUUUUCCAGAUGCCCAUUAUAGGGCAUUAGAAGAGAAAGCUAUUGCCAUGAGCACAGAUUCAUAUUUUAUCUUACUAAUGCAUGAUGUCCUUUUGCUAUGUUACUUAAGUUAAUACUCUCUCUGUAACCAAUGGGAACCUUGCCCCAAUCAGGAGUGAAUGAAAUAGCCUAGCUAAGUAUAUUACGUUGGCUAGAGACAGGCAAGGUACAUUGUUAAAAUUUGUUUUUUCCUCCUAUAUUUGGGUUACAGUGUUCUUAAGGUUUUUCUUUUCAAGGAAUAUGUGUCUGUUUCUGUAAGGAUUUGGUCCUGCUCCAGCUGAAGGAGUUUGAAGCACUUUGACUUUAGUUGAGUUAGGAGCAAGUCUUGAAACCUUUCAGGAAUUUCAUACUGUUUAUGUUUUCCUGCAAAUGUGUUUUUUGUUUUGUGUUGUUUGGUUUUGGUGGGGUUUUUUUGUUUGAUUUUUGGUUUGUUUUGUUUUAUUUCUUUUUGUUUGUUUUAAAUUUUACAACAGUAUAUACAAGAUGCCCUGGAUGAAAUGGACAUCUGUUGCUGAUUAUGGAAAAAAAAGGCCAUAUCUGCCAAAGGAUUUACUGAAAAUGGGAGAAAUAUGGAUCUGAUUUCUUCAAAGUUAGUGGCUUAGGUACAAUUGUUUUGAUCUGGGCUGGCUUCUUUGCAACCUGCAUAAAGUUGGAAGUGAAAAUAAAACCCACUUUCCAUUAAAUGUGGUAAAACAGUACUUUUGGUACUCUCCUUUAGAAGCGUAUCAAAGUUAAAACUCUGUUGUUUGGGGUUUUUUUUGUUUGUUUGUUUGUUUGUUUUUUAUAUCAGAAGCAUCUACAGAUAAAGGCAAGACUAUAGGUUUUUAAAAGAUCAGUUUUCCAGUCUGUGUUUUUCAGGGGAAAUAUUACUUGAUUUUAUUUCCUUCUGCAUCUGUCCAGCAACAUUUGCAAGUGCUUUGAAUGUGUUUCAUCUAGAGCCUUCCUGUCAGGUUGGUUUUGUACAUUUGUCCUUAUUUUCUUUAUAUUGUUCUCACCCCCAUGAGGGAAUAGUUGAUGAAAAUGUUUCUUUGUUUUUUUUUUCUUUUUCUCUUCUUCAGUAUAUAAUAAAUAAUCUUGCUCUUACCAUUG